AUGGCGCCGCCUCGCGGCUUCGCUGGCGACGACAGACCGAGAACGCCCAUCACAUCAUCUGCGUCAACCCCAUCGCUGCGGUCGAGGACACCGGUAACAGUCGCAACUCCGCCACCGGAAAGCAUGACGCCCGGCGGUAACGUGAAGGUGGUGGUGAGAGUGCGGGACUUCCUACCACGAGAGCGGGACAGAGGGGCACAAUGCCUGAUUGAAAUGAACCCAGACACACAAUCGACGACCUUACUCGUGCCGACCUCGUCAGACCCUGCCAACAGCAAAACUCAGAGCCGCAAGAUUGUUGAGGAGAAGAACUUCAAUUUCGAUCAUUCGUUCUGGUCACAUUGUAAAGGCGACGAGCACUAUGCGACCCAGGAGCAUGUCUACAACUCCUUGGGCGAAGAGUUCUUGGACCACAACUUCGAGGGCUACCACACCUGCAUCUUCGCAUAUGGACAGACUGGCUCAGGCAAAUCAUACACCAUGAUGGGAAGCCCUGAUAACCCUGGUCUAAUCCCGCGUACCUGUGAGGAUUUGUUCCAGCGGAUAGAGGCCAACGAGAGCGCCAACAUCAGCUAUAGCGUGCGAGUGUCGUAUUUCGAAGUUUACAACGAGCACGUUCGCGACCUGUUUCAACCACGAACCGACCCUCCACACUACUUGAAGAUCCGAGAGUCGCCAACAGAAGGGCCAUAUGUCAAAGACCUGACUGAGAUGCAAGUCAAGAAUUAUAGCGAGAUCCUGAAAUACAUGCGCAUGGGUGACAGUUCACGUACGGUCGCUUCUACGAAGAUGAACGAUACCUCAUCACGGUCACAUGCUGUCUUCACAAUUAUGCUCAAGCAGAUACAUCACGACUACCGCACAGACGAGACCACCGAGCGGCUUGCGCGUAUCAGACUUGUCGAUCUAGCUGCGGCUGCGGGAAGGAGGGAACAUCAACAAGUCACUCACAACCCUGGGCAGAGUCAUAGCGGCACUAGCAGAUCCACGAGCCAGGUGCGAACAAGAAAAGCCCGCGACAUAGUCCCAUACCGAGACUCGAUACUCACAUGGCUUCUCAAGGACUCUCUCGGUGGGAACUCGAAGACAGCCAUGAUUGCCUGCAUUGCGCCCUCGGACUACGACGAGACACUCUCAACAUUGCGCUAUGCUGAUCAGGCCAAACGCAUCCGCACGAAAGCUGUGGUCAACCAGGACCAUGUCUCAUCAGCCGAGAAAGAUGCUCAGAUCGCCGAAAUGGCGGAAACGAUACGCACAUUGCGAUGGACUCUGGACCAGCACCAAGGACAGGCGAGCGCACCUCUUGUCCAAGCCAUGCAGGACAGCGCCGAUGCACAAAACGACAAGAUACGAGAAUUCACCAACAAAUACGAAGGCAUGCUGCAAAUCAUGGAGGAGAAGCUAGCUAUUUCCGAAUCCAAGGUCCGGCAGCUAGAGGAGGAGAAGGAGGCUCAGGCUAUACAUCUCAAGCUUGUCCUUGAGGAGCUGAAGAACCCUAUCCGUAUCAAUGUAGACAGGGAAGAGCCGGCCGAGCGAAAACGUGAGAGCAAAGCAAGGAAAUCAAGAUCCACAACCCCCGAUCUGAUAUGGGAGGACGAGGGAUUCCACAGUGAAUGCAUUGACAGUGAAGAUGAGGCUGCUCAUGCGCACGAUGAAGAGAUGCAGGCUGAGAUGGAGGCCUUGAUCGCUGAUCUGGGACUGUUCAAGCGUAGGGUCGCGGAUGACCACAACAUGUUUGGCAUCGCGACCUAA